CUUUAGGGUUAACCCCUCCUCACCAAUAGAGACCAACUGGCGCUACUAUUCUGUUCCCAACCUAUCUCCUUCUCUUCGUUAUUACAUCGUCACUCUUCUUCAGGUAGAAACAAAACUUUCGCCUGCAAAACCCUAAUUCACAGCGAUGGGAGAUCUUCAAGAUAUGAAAAAAUCUCCGAAACUACCGAUACCUGGGCGUAGGAACAUCAUGAUUACCAGUGCAUUACCUUACGUGAAUAACGUUCCUCAUCUUGGAAAUAUCAUAGGAUGUGUUUUGAGUGCUGAUGUAUUCGCUCGUUAUUGCCGUCUCCGAGGUUAUAACGCAAUUUAUAUGUGUGGAACUGAUGAAUAUGGAACCGCCACUGAAACCAAAGCUAUGGAAGAAGGUUGUACACCUAAGGAGAUUUGUUACAAGUACCAUGCAAUUCAUAGAGAUGUUUACAACUGGUUUGACAUAAGUUUUGAUGAGUUUGGACGCACUUCUAGUCCCCAACAGACUGAAGUUUGCCAAGCAAUUUUCAAGAAACUGAUGGAGAACAACUGGCUUUCUGAAAAUACAAUGCAGCAGCUUUACUGCAAAACAUGUAAACGUUUCUUAGCUGAUCGGCUGGUGGAAGGAACCUGUCCUAGACCCACAUGUAACUAUGAUUCUGCACGAGGUGACCAGUGUGAAAAAUGUGGAAACCUUUUGAAUCCAACGGAGCUACAGGAUCCCAAGUGCAAGGUAUGCCGGAACACUCCUGAAAUUCGUGAUACAGACCACUUGUUUCUAGAACUCCCCUUGCUGAAGGAUAAAUUGGAAGAGUACAUUAACAAUAUGUCCGUGGCUGGAUCGUGGAGCCAGAAUGCAAUUCAAGCUACAAAUGCAUGGCUAAAAGAGGGCCUGAGAUCUAGGUGUAUAACCAGAGAUCUUAAGUGGGGGGUUCCUGUUCCACAUGAGAAAUACAAGGACAAGGUUUUCUAUGUUUGGUUCGACGCACCUAUUGGCUACGUCUCGAUAACUUCAUGCUACACUUCUGAUUGGGAGAAGUGGUGGAAGAAUCCAGAAAAUGUGGAGCUUUAUCAAUUUAUGGGGAAGGACAAUGUACCAUUCCACACUGUAAUGUUCCCCUCAACUCUUCUUGGAACUGAAGAAAACUGGACGCUGAUGAAGACUAUUAGUGUUACAGAAUAUUUAAAUUAUGAAGCAGGGAAGUUCUCUAAGAGUAAAGGAAUAGGUGUUUUUGGUAAUGACGCAAAAGACACAAAGAUCCCUUCAGAAGUGUGGAGAUACUAUCUGCUGACAAAUAGGCCUGAAGUAUCAGACACUCUGUUUACAUGGAAGGAUUUGCAAGCCAAACUUAACAGCGAGUUGCUUGCUAACUUGGGCAAUUUCAUCAAUCGUGUCUUGAGCUUCAUUGCCAAACCUUCAGGUUUAGGUUAUGGUUCUAUUAUCCCUGAUGCUGCAAAUGCAGAAUCACACUCCUUGACGAAGGCGCUGGCAGAGAAAGUUGGAAAACUUGUUGAGCAAUACGUUGAAGCAAUGGAGAAGGUUAAACUAAAGCAAGGCCUGAAAACUGCAAUGAGCAUUUCGAGUGAAGGAAAUUGCUACCUACAAGAUAGCCAGUUCUGGAAACUAUACAAGGAAAAUCCAGCUUCUUGUGCCAUUGUCAUGAGAACUUCUGUAGGGCUAGUUUAUCUUCUAGCAUCUCUUUUGGAACCGUUUAUUCCAUCUUUUUCUGUAGAGGUAGUAAAGCAACUUAAUUUACCUUCCGAGCUUCCACUCUCACUUAGCGAUGAAAACGGAGAUAUAAGUAGGGCAAGAAGACCUUGGGAGAUUAUACCUUCUGGCCACAAAAUUGGGGUACCAGAGCCACUUUUUAAAGAACUGAAAGAUGAGGAGGUGGAGUUUUUCAGCGAGAAGUUCGCUGGAAGUCAAGCUGACAGAAAGGUAAAGGCUGACGAAGCUGAUGCAAAAAAGAUGGCUGACCAACUCAAGAAAACCAAGCUUUCUGAUGCAAAGAAACAAAAGGCAUCAAAAUCUGCAGCUCAGGGAAAAUCUGGGGGAGCUGCUGAGACAGAAAUCACUAUCAGUAGACUUGACAUUCGUGUUGGUCUCAUUACUAAGGUCAUGAGACAUCCAGAUGCUGAUUCGCUGUAUGUUGAAGAGAUCGAUGUGGGUGAAGCUACACCACGUACUGUUGUUAGUGGGCUUGUGAAGUUCAUCCCCAUUGAAGAAAUGGAGAACCGAAAAGUUUGUGUUCUGUGUAACCUGAAACCAGCAACAAUGCGUGGUAUUAAGUCUCAUGCUAUGGUUCUUGCUGCCUCCAAUGAGCACCACAGUAAGGUUGAAUUGGUGGAUCCACCAAGCUCUGCUGCAGUGGGAGAGAGAGUUACCUUCCCUGGUUUUGAAGGUCUGCCUGAUGAAGUGCUAAACCCUAAGAAGAAGGUAUGGGAAACAUUACAAGUAGAUCUGGAGACUGACGCUGAACUGGUAGCUCGAUACAAAGAUAUUCCAUUAACUACGUCAGCUGGGGUUUGCAAAGUCUUGUCCAUAUCAAGUGGAGCCAUAAGGUAGAGGUUGUCAUGAAAAAGCCUCGUGGAAAUUUCAAAUAUUUUGACUGUUGUUUUGUAAUCUUAAUUUACGACAAUCUUUUCAUUUUUUCGACUGGCUAUUACUAUUAUUAGGAUUAGGAUAUAAAUGGUUUCCUUCUUGAAUUGUGUAAUUACUAUUAUUUGACCAUAUGCAUUCCUUAGUGGCUGUCAAAUAGUAACAUUUUGCAGCAACGCGAGUAUUUAUCCUUUAUUUCACUUAA